CGUAAAAAUAAAGUCAGCAAGAUGGCGGAGGCGGAAAGUUUGGAGACGGCGUCGGAGCACGAGCGGAUCCUGCGGGAGAUCGAGAGCACGGACUCGGCCUGUAUCGGACCCACACUCCGGUCGGUGUACGAUGGAGAGGAGCACUGGCGGUUCAUGGAGAAGCUGGAGGCCCGGAUUAGGAACCAUGACCGGGAGAUUGAGAAAAUGUGCAACUUCCAUUUCCAGGGAUUUGUUGAUUCCAUCACGGAGCUGCUGAAAGUGCGGGGAGAAGCACAGAAGCUGAAGAUCCAGGUGACAGACACCAAUAACAAGCUGCAGGAAUCAGGGAGGGAGUUGGUUACCGAAAUGGAGGAACUGAAGAAAUGUCGCUCACAGCAAAGGAACAUAGCAGCCACAGUGGACCAACUAACGCUGUGUUUACCAGUACUGGAGAUGUACAGUAAAUUACGGGAGCAACUGAAGACUAAAAGGCAUUAUCCUGCAUUGAAGACUAUGGAGCACAUGGAACACACAUUCUUGCCUCGGGUGAAUCCCUAUCGCUUCUGCACAAUAAUGGUGGAAGAUAUCCCCAGAUUACGAGAGGAGAUAAAGGAAGUUUCCAUGUCUGAUUUGAAGGACUUCCUGGAGAGCAUCCGAAAGCAUUCCGACAAAAUCGGAGAGACCGCCAUGAAACAGGCCCAUCAGCAGAGGAACCUGGAUAACAUUGUCUCUCAGCAGCACAAGAUCGGAACUGGAAAGAAAGUGAAGAAAGAUGGAGUCAUUGGUUUCGACGCAGAGGUGGACAAUACCAGCCCAAUGUCUGAGCAGGAUUCUGGAAUCUUAGAUGUUGAAGAUGAGGAGGAUGAAGAGGAGGUACUAAGCGCCCAAGAUCUGGUCGACUUUUCCCCCGUGUACAGAUGUCUGCACAUAUAUACUGCACUGGGUGCCCAAGAUACAUUUGAGAACUACUACAGGAAACAAAGAAAGAAACAGGCCCGCUUAGUCCUGCAGCCCCCUUCCAACAUGCAUGAAACGUUAGACGGCUACAGGAGGUAUUUUAAUCAAAUUGUAGGAUUUUUUGUAGUUGAAGACCACAUAUUGCACACCACGCAGGGCCUGGUGAACAGAGCGUACAUUGAUCAACUGUGGGAAUUGGCGGUGUCCAAAACCAUGUCGGCACUCAGGACUCAUUCAUCAUACUGCUCUGACCCGAAUUUGGUCUUGGAUUUGAAGAACCUUCUAGUACUCUUUGCGGACACUCUGCAGGGUUAUGGAUUUCCAGUAAAUCAGUACUUCGACAUGCUGCUCGAGAUAAGAGAUCAAUAUGGUGAAAUUCUGCUCAAGAAGUGGUCUGGGGUGUUCAGGUAUAUUUUAGACUUGGAUAACUAUAGCGCCAUCCCUGUCUCAAGUGAAGAGGAAUACAAGAGAGUGAUGGGCCAAUUUCCAUUCCAUGAUCCAGAACUGGAAAAUCAACCCUUCCCCAAAAAGUUCCCAUUCUCGGAAUUUGUACCUAAAGUCUACUCCCAGAUUAAAGAGUUUAUCUACGCUUGCCUCAAGUUUUCAGAGGACCUUCAUCUGAGCUCAACUGAGGUAGAUGACAUGAUCCGGAAAUCCACCAACCUCCUGCUGACCAGGACACUGAGCAACUGUUUACAAAAUGUCAUCAAGAAGCAGCACGUAGGACUCACUGAGCUUGUGCAGAUUAUCAUCAAUACAACGCAUCUGGAGCGAUCCUGCAAGUUUCUGGAGGAGUUCAUCACGAACAUUACCAAUGUACCUCCAGAGACAAUUCAUGCCACCAAGCUGUAUGGUACAGCCACCUUCAAGGACUGUCGACAUGCUGCAGAGGAGGAGAUCUACACCAAACUGAAUCAGAAGAUUGACCAAUUUCUGCAGCUGGCGGACUACGACUGGAUGAGAGCAGAGACCAACGGCCACGCCAGUGAUUACUUAGUCGACCUCAUUGCUUUCCUGCGCAGUACUUUUGCCGUGUUCACACAUUUACCAGGCAAAGUGGCCCAGACAGCCUGCAUGUCCGCAUGCAAACAUCUCUCUACAUCUCUUCUGCAGCUGCUCCUGGAUACCGAGGUCAAGCAAAUCACCAUGGGAGCCUUAAAACAGUUUAACAUGGACAUUGAGGAGUGCGAGCACUUUGCCAGAUCCGGACCGGUGCCUGGGUUCCAAGGGGACACGCUGCAGUUGGCCUUCAUCGACUUGAGACAACUUCUGGAUCUCUUCAUCCAGUGGGAUUGGUCAACAUACCUAGCAGAUUAUGGGCAGCCCAACUGCAAAUACCUGAGGGUGAAUCCAACAACAGCCCUCGCCUUGCUGGAUAAAAUGAAAGACACCAGCAGGAAGAACAAUGUCUUUGCACAGUUCCGCAAGAACGAACGGGACAAGCAGAAGCUCAUAGAUACCGUGGCAAAACAGCUCAGGAGUCUAAUCAACAGCAUGUCCCACCACCAUUGAACCUGCUCCAGUCCUUCCCUCCCUCCCUCCCUCCCUCUUUCCCUGUUGGUUGCACAUAAUGCUGGAUAUUGGACAAUGUGCCAUCACGACCACGGAAACUGAGACCAGUGCACUCCUUUAAAGGGGCAACAAGUGUUUGGCAAGCUUCUUUUUCUGUUGUUGCUUUGUUUACAAACUUGCUGAGAAAUGUUGCAAACUGCCUUGCAAGGUAUCGUGGGGCUGCUGUGAAGGCAAAGAGCAAUGCCACUGCUCAGUAUCCCUCCUGCAGACACACAUGGCUUUGCUGAUCAAUUCAUGGACACGGUGCCCGUUUUAUGAGAAAACACUACACCUCUUGAUAGUUCAUGGGGGUAUUUUUUGGAUGAGCGGAUUUUGUGCAGCAGUUCAAAGCAAAGAUCUGCCAUCUCUAAACCUUACGCUAGACUUUAGGACCCACAGGAGAUUGGAGGGGUCCGCAGAAAUGCUGAAUAUUGACCCUCAACCUGGACUGCACGACUGAACAUUUCUCCUUUCGUCACUCGCAAACCCUCUUCUCCUCUCUCCCUUCUGCCUUCAUUCUAGGCCAAGCUGCAUCCCAUGGAGCCGUACCUUCCACCCUCAUCAUUGCUAUCUGCCACCAAAUGAACUCAUUAACUCACAGUUACUGCUUGGAACACUUUUUCCAUUCAGAUGUCUUGCACUGAUUACUGAACACAUUCCACAGCCCCACUUUCAGGUGACACCAUUCUUGGAAGUGAAUCCACGUUAUCACCAAAAAAAAUCAACACGCAUUUUUUGUUCAUACUGCCUUAUUUUCAAAUAUAAACCAGCGAAUGCUGACAUUUUUAAGGGAAUGGCGAGGCCAAUUGUGUGACGGAGCUGAAUUAACAUCAGGAGAGAUAAAGUCAGUAACACAGGGAGGGUUUACUGGGUGACAGCGUGAGGGAGCUGGAUUAACAUCAGUAGACAUAAGUAGACUUCAGUGACAUAACAUGCUGAGGGAGGGGUUACUGAGUGACAGUGUGUGGGAGCCAGUUUAACAUCAGUAGAGAUACUGUCAGUAACACGGUGCUAGGGAGAGGGGUUACUGGGGUGACAAUGCAAGGGAACUGGAUUAACAUUGUAAAAUACAGGGGGCUGGGGGAGGAAUUUUUUUGUGUGCAUGAUGUACAUGGAAUCUCAUCACAUUUGAGUCUCCAAGCCCAUGCAGGCAGAUAUGGAGUGUGCAAUCUCUGCCUGUAGGGACCACACUUAGCUGGGUUUAGACAGAGUUUGGUAAGUGCCUUCUGAGGAACCUUGUGUUUUCCCAGUGGCGUAACCAAAUGAAGAUGUGCAGUUCGCCAGCACAGAGCAUUAGGAAGCUUCUUGCUGUACGUCCGGUCAGGACUGCACUUCCCAUUAGCUCAUUGCUGUCUCCAGCUGAACAGAGCCAGAUAAAAGAAUGCCCACUGUGAAGAUCAGACAGCCCCAUCAACAGCUCAUUACCAAGCCAGGCUGGAUGGCUUAAUCGCCAAUUAUGUCCGACAGCCUGGCUUUACACAUCAGUAUGAGUGAGCCUGCCCUUACCAACUGUGUCAUCUUUGGCAAUUUAUCCCUUAAUUGACCCUGCUUAACUAGUGGAUAAGUACAGAUUAGUUGAGUGCUAGAAGUGGCAGAAACUUGCUGAUGAAAGGCAAACGAGCGCCACAGCUCAUUGAAGCAGUGAGGUGUCAAGGUGGAAAGAGCUUAAGAACUCGAUGAUAGAAGGGAGUUGGCUUAACAUCAGUGCAGACACAAUCACCUUUCUUGAGCCCCAUCGCAUUGUCUGGAUCUGCCUUUCAUUAGCAAGUGACAUUUUCACAUUUCAUUUGGCGAACAUUGUGAUUGUUCAACAUUAAUACCGAAAAAUGGAACAUUUUUUGCAAGGGUCAAUUACUUAUAAGGCACACCUAGAUUUACAGGCACAGCACAGGUCUAGAUGCAAAAUUCCUUCCUGUAUUUUGACCACAAACUCAAGAGUAUGCCCCCCUACUGCGAGGGUGUGAAAUUUUCCCUUCUACUCCACCAGCCAAGCACAAUCACCUCUUUGGAGUCAGAGGGCCAAAUUUUUGGAGCUAUAUGCUGCUGCGAUCCUGGCUUCAGAAGUGAAAAUUCAAUGCCUCACCCACUGAGCCAACCAGUCAGUUACUUUAAAAGACCAAUAGCAGUGGCUCCUGACAGCAAGGUUUAGCACUCACAUUCUAGGUCAGUAACCAUUUUAAAUACAUUAAAUCAUUUCUGGAACAUCCUAACCUUGAAAAGAAAAUGUGAAGCGCUUUACAGCAGAGCAGUGCAUUCACUCCGGGAGUAUCUCUUCAUCCAGAGCUGGAAGAUGUUGCUCCCCUGCCUCCCUGUCUCACCGGCUGAUCUUGGCCAGAGUUCCAGUUGAGUUGCACUCUCAUCAACCCUCUCGCCCUCAGUUCAGUUGGGAGGAACGCGACUGGCUCCCGAACUCGUCAUAUUCCGAAACCCCGUUCUCCUUCAGGUGGUUAAACUGCGUGCGAGUUGGACUGCGCUGCUCCCGUAUUCCAAUAUCCUGGACUGGCUGAGUUUGUGGAUGGCCUGCAUUGACAGAACUGGACCCGAACAAGAGUUGACAUCUUUCGGCGACGUUAGGGGAUGAUGACCGAGGCAAGAAUAUAGCUACAUGUGCUCCCUAGUCACAGGACAGUUUUAUUUUGCCACCAGUAAUAACUCUAAGAUGAUGUUGCUGAGUCUGAGGAGAUCUUCAUUGCUGUUUAAGUGUUUUCCUCUCUGUACCAGCCUGGUACAAGGCACAUUUGAUUGUUAAUUUGAAAUUACUUGACGGACUGCAGCGACCUCUUUAUCCCCAGUGCGAACAGCAUUAGAUGCCCGAUUGUACUAACAAGAUAAGGUGGACAAAAAUUAAACCCUACGAAUGCUGGAAAUUGGAAAUUUACAGGGACAGGAAGUCAUGGAUUUAUAUAGUCAACAUCUGUCAAAGGCAAGACUAGAACAUCAGGUGGACUAUGAAUAAGGGCUGAUGAGAGCAACAACUUGUAUUUAUGUAACACCUUUAACAGAGUAAAUCUUCCCAAGGUGCUUCACAGGGACAUUAUUAAACAAAAUUUGACACUGAAUCAGAUAAGGGAUAUGACGUCAGAUAACCAAAAGAUUUAUCAAAAAUAUCGAUUUUAAGUAGCAUCUUAAAGGAGGAAAGAGAGGCACAAGAAAUUUAAAGAGUGAAUUUCAGAGCUUGUGGCCUUGGCGGGUAAGGGUAGAGCCACCAUAAUGAAGCAAUUAAAAUCAAGAGAAGAAUGCAUAUAUCUCAGAGGGUUGUAGGGCUGGAGAAGAUGACAGAGGUGGGGAGGGGUGAGGCCAUGGAGAAAUUUGAAAACACCAAAAAUCAGUGUUACUUAGCAGAAAGUCAUUGUAGGUCAGUAAGCACAAUGUGAUGUGUGAACCAAAUUUGGCACAAGUCAGAACACAGCAGAGUUUUGGAUGACCUCAAUUUUACAGAUGGUAGAACAUGAGAGGCCAGCCAAAGUGCACUGGAAAUGUCAAGCCUAGAGAUAACAAAAGGCAUGGCUGAGGUUUCUGGACAGGGUAUCUGAGGCAAGGGCGAAGCUGGAUACGAUGGGCUCGAUAAAUCGUUGUGCUCAUAAACCUUCUAUGUUUCAGAGGUGAAAAAAGACAGUCUUACUGAUGUUGUGGAGAUGUGGAAGCUCUUCUUGGUCAAGUAUGACACCAAAGUUACGAACAAUCUAGUUCAGCCUGAGAUAAAUGAAAGGGCGAGAAGGAUAGAGUUUGUGAUUAGGAAAUUGAGGAAUCUGAGAUGGGGGCAGCAAACAAUGGCUUCAGUCUUCCCAAUAUUUAGUUGGAGGAAAUUUCUGAUCAUCUAAUGCUCAUCCAAUGUUGGACAAGCAAUCUGCCAGUUUAGAGACAAGUGGAGAGGUCAAGGAAGGAUUUGGCGAGGUAGAACUGGGUGUAAUCUGAGCUGUAUUUUCGAAUGAUAUUGCCAAAUGGUGGCAAGCAGAUGAGAAAUGGAAGGUGCCAAGAAACUAUACAUGGAGUCACCAGAGGUAAUAGUGUGGGAGUAAGAGGAGAAGUCAUUGCAGAUAUAUCUCUGGCUACAACUGAAUAGUUAAGAAUGGAACCAUGCGAGUACAGUUCCACCCAUGGGAGCCAUGGAGAGGUGUUGGAGGAGGAUGAUGAGGUCAACCACAUCAAAGGCCUAGGCAGUUAAAGAAGGACUAAUAGGGAUAGCUUAGCUUUGUCACAGUCACAUAAAAUCUCAUUUGUCCCAUUAAUAAGAGCCAUUUCAGUACUGUGUCAGGGACAGAAACCUGAUCAGAAGGUAUUCAAACAUGGAAUUCAGGGAAAGAUGGGCACAUAUUUGGAAGGCGAUAAUAUGUUCAAGGACUUUGAGAGGAAACAGAAGUGGGUUGGUAUGUUGCAAGUACAGAUGCAUCAAAGAUCUGUUUUGAGGAAUGGUGUGAUGAUAGCAAAUUUGAUGGGGAGCUGGAGGUUUCUGAGGAGCGAGAACUGUUAACAGUAUCAACUAACAUUAAUAUAAGCAGGAUUGUGAAGAACAGAGAAUGGUCAUUAGACCCCACAAGCCUCUUCACCCUUUCACAUAUCAACCAAGCUCUUCCCAAUAUUCAUCAAUCACUAAUCGCUAAAUCUCUUAUUCAUCGUAUAUAUCAAUUUUUUCCCGCUAUUUAUCUCAUUCUGUUAUUCAUUAUAUCUCUCAGCCCCACCCCUUGAAUCCCUCCUCACUACAUCUUUCAGUCGCUUCUCACCAUAAUCCUCAAUCCUUCGCUACCAUUUCUCUCAACUCCUCCCCCAUAACAUUUAACCUCUUCUCCUGACAUCCCUUAAUCUCUUCUGUCCUAUCCCUGAAUCCCUUAACCAUCAUAUCCCUCAUUCUCAACUCACCAUACACCCAUAUGUUGUUUCCUUCCAAAAACAUAGCUGAUUGUCUCUUUACUCCAGUUACACAGCUCACUUCAAAAUGCUUUGCUGGUAACUGAUUCCAAGCCUCUUGUUGCUUUGGGUGAAGAAAUUCCCACUAACUUCCGUUCUUCCUCCUGAUAUAAUCUAAAUUAUGUCCACUGGAAUGAAAUUCCUAAUGAAACAGAUUGCCUGUCAAUUGACUUUGUAAUCCUUAAAACUUAAGUCACCUUGAUGAUUCUUUUCAAAAGAUACAUAAUUGCAAGGAGCUUGCUGCAGAUGGUGAUUGACUGGCUUUAUAUUUCCGGAACUUUCUGUUUUAUCCUGACAUUAGUUGGUACUAAUAAUUCAAGCAAAUUAUGUCACUCAGAAAGACUGCCCACUUUGUCACACUAUUUUCAAUGGGCAUGCUUGACCUUGAAUUAGGGGGAUUGGAUGGGGAAUGGGGAAGAGUACAGCCAUAACUGCUUUUUAUUAAUAUGUUAUGAAAAGGGAACACCUAAACACGUACAGAUUGUAUAUAUAGAAGCUCUCGGUGAACACAGCUUACAGUAUCCUAGGCCACUACAUAAAGAAGAGUACAUGAUUUGCAGGGUAGGUGUUGGGUUUGCUGGAGGUUUGCUUACUGACUGUUAUAAUCAUUGUAAUACUCAGUGUCAUGUUUCACUUAUGCACUCCUAGUUCUCGGCCUCAUCAGGCUGCUAGGUGGCUAGUUUCUGUUUUUUAUUCUUCAAAUGUUCUAUUUGUUGGAAAUUGCACAGGUAUUUUUUUUUGCACAAAUGCGGAAUUUACAAAAAAAAUGAACAAAACGAGGGGGCAAAUUGUUUUCUUUGCUUGUUACCCAUUUGCAAGGUGCAAAUUAUCAUGGGAAAGACUUGCUACCCUCAGCAUAUAGACCACGGGUUGACCGAAAUAAAACUGCUUAGUUGGC